AUGCAACCCGCGACUGUUGAACCGACCUCUCCCUCACGCCGCCGCCCACGCCUGUCCUCGUCGUCGUCGUCACCGUCCGCAGCCAAGAGGCCCAGGUUCUCCGACAGCUCGACCAUGGCCAGCGCCAAAGCGAGGGGCAAGAUGCCCGAGGUCAUCGACCUGACCAAGCGCCAGUCGGCCUUUCAACCGCACAGCGGGGCGCGGAAGCUGGUCAUCAAGAAUCUGCGCAGCCCCGUCAACCAUGAGGCGCGGAUCCAGGAGUACUAUGCACGGACGGAGAGCGAGCUCGAGGAAGCUCUCGACGCAAUCUUUAGCAACAGGAGCCCGGCCAUCCCGCUGGAGCGUCUCUACCGCGGCGUCGAGGACAUGUGCCGCAGUAACCACGCCGAUAAGGUGUAUCGGACGCUCAAGGAUAAGGUUGACAAGCAUCUCAAGAGCGUCGUCUUACCCAAGAUACAAAGCGCGGCCAAGGUCUCCAGCCUUGAGGUCCUGAGGAGGACGCUGGCAGAGUGGAAGACGUGGAAUUCCCAGACGGUAUGGUUGCACCCUUCUCAUUUGAUCCGUACCUAUGUCGUGGCACAGAGCUCACUCGACAUUCAGAUCCUCAUCAGGUCGACUUUUAGCUACCUCGACCGUACAUAUCUGCUCCUCAAAUCCUUCACCUCAAUAAACGACCUGGCUAUUACACGCUUCUGUAGAAUGGCCUUCUCGUCGCAGGCUGCUCAAGCAAGCCCGGCCAUUGGAGCGGAAAUCAUCUUGGCAAUUUGCGAGCUGAUCGACUUCGAUCGCCGGAAUGACAGCCGGAAGGAGCCCGAGCUGCUCAAGGAUUCUCUCAUGAUGUUGUAUGUGCUGGGAGUAUACACAAAGCAGUUUGAGCCCGUCUAUCUACAGCACUCCGAGGCGUACUUCAAAGAGUUUGGAGAGACAUGCAGUCCUCUAAGUUUGAAAGAGUACAUUGAGAAAUGCGAGCGCCUCUUGGAGCUGGAAGAUCGGCGCUGCAUGACAUACAACCUGGACAGCACGACACAAAGGCAAUCGAUGACGCUAGCGCACAACAUUCUUAUCGACCAAUAUUCCGACAAGUUGCUUCAUGGGGGUAGCUUGUCCAACUUAUUGACUGAUCGAGAUGUGAAGUCUCUCAAGGGAUUGUAUGACCUUCUUAGGCUGUCGGGUAUACAAAAGAAGUUGAAGACACCUUGGUGCGAUUACAUCCGGGAAACAGGGGCUACGGUUGUGUCUGACAAGGAGCGAGGAGAUGAAAUGGUGCUUCGCCUCUUGGACCUGCGGCGAGCGCUGGACCUGACUGUGCGUGACGCAUUCAACAAAGAUGAAGAUUUCCUUUGGGGAAUGCGAGAUGCGUUUGGCAAAUUCAUGAAUGACCGGAAGAUUGCCGACUGCUGGCCAUCGGGCACAUCCAAGAUAGGCGAGAUGACUGCAAAGCACAUCGACAUGCUGCUUCGUGGUGGUAUCAGGGCCCUCCCCAAGGGGCUUCUUUCCGACGUUAAAGAUCGAGCUGCAGCAGAGAAGGCAGGGCAUGCUAGUAGCGCUGACGAAGAUGCUGAGCUCGACAGGCAGCUAGACCAGGCUCUCGAGCUUUUCCGAUUCAUCGAGGGCAAAGACGCCUUUGAGGCCUUUUACAAGAAAGACUUGGCCCGCCGCCUUCUCAUGGGCCGUAGCGCUAGUCAAGAUGCCGAACGCAACAUGCUCACCAAGCUGAGAGGCGAGUGUGGCUCAAACUUUACACAUAAUCUGGAGCAAAUGUUUAAAGAUCAGGAGCUCGCCAAGGAUGAGAUGGAAGCCUACAAGGAGUGGUGCCAGGGCAACCCCGACCGCAUUGGCAAGGUGGACCUGCAGGUUAUGAUCCUGUCCGCUGCCGCCUGGCCAACGUAUCCCGAUGUUAGGCUUAACGUGCCCGAGGAGGUUGCCAAACGCAUCGACCAGUUCGAUAGGCACUACAAGAGCAAGCACACUGGCCGAGUCUUGACAUGGAAGCACUCUCUGGCGCACUGUGCCAUCAAGGCAACCUUUCCCAAAGGAUCAAAGGAGCUCCUUGUGUCGGCGUUCCAGGCCGCCGUGCUCUUGCUCUUCAACGACGUCGCUGGGGAAGGGUUCUUGGCAUAUGAGCAAAUCUCCGCCGCCACUGGCCUCCAGGGGGGUGAUUUGGACCGAACGCUUCAAUCAUUGGCCUGUGGAAAGGCGCGUGUACUGACAAAGCAUCCUAAGGGGCGCGAUGUGAAUCCUACGGACACAUUUACAUUUAACAAGGCGUUUACCGACCCCAAAUAUCGUGUCAAGAUCAACCAGAUCCAGUUGAAGGAGACCAAGGAAGAAAACAAGGCAACGCACGAAAAGAUUGCGCAAGACAGGCGGUUUGAAACCCAGGCUGCCAUUGUGCGUAUCAUGAAGAGCCGUAAGACAAUGGGUCACGCGGAGCUGGUGGCCGAAGUCAUCAACUUGACUAAGAAGAGAGGCAGUGUUGAGCCGGCCGCCAUCAAGAAGGAAAUCGAGAGUCUGAUUGAGAAGGAUUACCUUGAGAGAGAAGAAAACUCUUACACGUAUUUGGCAUAA